UCGGACGGGACUGCGAUUUUCGUUUUCGUUAUCUUAUGUCGCACCCGAUACGUAAACUUAGACACAAGAAAUCACUGUAGGAAUUUUUUCGUAAAAAGAUCAGUGAAUCUAGGGUAGUUUUUAUGAUCGGUUGUUUGGUGGUGUAAAUUUAAAUUAAUAUUCUUGUUAACUAAUAGAAACAAAAUGUUCUGUGUCAAAGUUAAGAAAAAAAUAAAGUGACUCUGUUUUGGUGUGGAAGAGAAGAGGGUGUGUGCUAGUAACUUGAAAAAUUAUGUAGUUUCGCUGAAAUUUUUAGUAGAUAACUCAAUGGAGUUCUUUUUCGAGACCCUAUUGAUUUUGGCAGCCGGUCUGGUAAGUUAUACAGACGCGAAUCCAGAUGCGAAAAGAUUGUACGAUGAUUUGCUCAGUAAUUACAACAGACUUAUCCGACCUGUUGGCAAUAAUUCUGACCGACUGACUGUGAAAAUGGGCCUGAAACUGUCGCAACUGAUAGACGUGAAUUUAAAAAAUCAAAUCAUGACUACGAACGUCUGGGUUGAACAGGAAUGGAACGACUAUAAACUGAAAUGGAAUCCCGAUGACUAUGGUGGGGUCGAGACGUUGCACGUGCCAUCAGAACAUAUAUGGUUGCCCGACAUUGUACUAUACAAUAAUGCCGACGGUAACUACGAAGUGACCAUAAUGACUAAGGCCAUUCUCCACCACACCGGUAAAGUGAUCUGGAAACCGCCAGCCAUUUACAAAUCGUUCUGCGAAAUCGACGUGGAGUAUUUCCCGUUCGACGAGCAGACCUGUUUCAUGAAAUUCGGAAGUUGGACGUACGACGGCUAUAUGAUUGACCUGCGACACCUCAAGCAAACCGAAAACAGCAAUAACAUAGACGUCGGCAUCGACCUCCAAGACUACUACAUAUCCGUCGAAUGGGACAUCAUGAAGGUGCCCGCCGUGCGCAACGAAAAGUACUACUCCUGCUGCGAGGAGCCCUACCCCGACAUCAUCUUCAACAUCACCCUGCGCCGAAAAACACUUUUCUACACCGUCAAUUUAAUCAUCCCCUGCGUCGGCAUCUCCUUCCUCUCCAUCCUCGUCUUCUACCUCCCGAGCGACAGCGGCGAAAAGGUAUCGCUCAGUAUAUCGAUCCUGUUGUCGCUCACCGUGUUCUUUUUGCUGCUGGUCGAAAUCAUCCCGCCCACGAGCAUCACGGUCCCGCUGUUGGGCAAGUACCUGCUGUUCACCAUGCUGCUCUGUACGCUGUCGGUGGUGGUGACGAUCGCGGUGCUGAACGUCAAUUUUCGGUCGCCCGUCACCCACAAGUUGGCCCCGUGGGUGCGGACGGUGUUUAUCGAGACUUUGCCGCCGUAUCUGUUUAUCAAGCGGCCGAGAAAGGACGGGGACGAGGACAAGGUGGACUCGAUGCUGACGGAUGUCAUCCAGAUGCCCAUGUCGGACAAGUUCAAGAUGUACGACAAAACUAGUUACGAUAGUUUUGAUUUAGGUCUUCCAUCUACGAGGUUCGAAAUCCCGCCUCCCGGAUUAGGCUCCUGUUUCGGCGAGCCCCCCUUUCCCCUGCCACUGGCCGGUGGCGACGAGGAGCUAUACAGUCCUGCCAGCUGUCGGACGGGCACCUUCGACGUGCCGAGCGACAUAAGUCCCGGCUUCGAAAAAUUGGACGGCAGGGAUCUGGAGAAGACGAUCGCCGAUUCCAAGUUCAUCGCUCAGCACGUCAGGAACAAAGACAGUUUCGAAAAUGUGGAAGAAGAUUGGAAGUACGUAGCCAUGGUGUUGGACAGGCUCUUCCUCUGGAUUUUCACCCUGGCCUGCGUGGUGGGCACGGGGGUGAUCAUCCUGAACGCUCCCUCGUUAUACGACACCACGAAGCCGAUCGACGUGGUCAUAUCGAAAGUAGCCAAGAAGCGGAUGGCGCUCUUACAGAUGGUUCCCGAAGAGUUGUGAGGCAUCGGUUAUGUGUUAAUGAAAAUCAAAGAUAAUAAAAUCGAAUUUUAUAUUCAGGAUUAAGAAUAUUAUGUAUAGUAAGCUCCAAGAGUAUUGUUUAAUUUUGAAACUGGUUAUGUUACCGCCGCGCCGGCGGUAUAGACUAUUGACAAAAUAUACACCGCCGUUAUACUAAGGACUGGCAAAGGUUAGUCUUGGGUUGAGAUUUCCGUAUGUAAGAAGAGUACAAUGCGUUUAUA